AUGAUUUCAUUUAUGGUAAUGUCCAACAUGCUUUCAGAACAAUUAAAAACUUAAUAUAAGAGUAAAUCAGUCUAUUGGAGAUAGGAAAAAGAAAAACUACUACAAACUUUUCAGCCAAGAUAAAAUAAUCAAUAAUCCUAAUAAAGAUCAAGAACUAGUGAAAGGAAAAGUAUAAUACGUAAUUUAGUAGAUUCACUUUAUAAUCAAGGAACUCCUGAAAAAAAUAAAUCUAUUUAUUAUCAUUUCUAAUCCUAAAUUGCUUAAUAAUAGCAUCAUUAAUAAUAAUGUUAAAGUUCUACAAAAAAACAAUAGACUGAAGAAUUGACCUUGUCUACAAUUAUCAAUAAAUAUUAAAGAUAAGUUGAAAAUUGUAAUUAAAAAUAAAUAGUUCAUGAUCCUAUUGCAGAAUAGAUCAUAGAAUCAUUUCAGGAACUUAAAAAGAGAUCUGUAAAAAAGUAAGAUAUAUAAAAAUGUUAAUCUGAAUAAAAAAUUAUUGAAAAUAGUGCACAUAAAUAAAAUAUUUUCAGUAGAAUUAAUUAAAUUAGAGAAUUUAUCGAUUAAUAAUUAGGAACUAAUGCAGAUGAAUCAAAUAAAGAAAUUAAAUAUGAAAGUUAAUAUUAAUCUGAUGUUGAUUAAAGUUCUGGUAAUUUAAGAAACAAAUCAGUUGAAUUUAAAUAAUUCUUAGAUUAAAGAGUAAGUAUUGGAAGAGAUUCUACAAAUAAUAGAUUAAAUCAUAGGAUAAAUAAAUUACGUUCAAUAAGAAGUUGCUCAACCUUAGAUGUAGGAAUAUAAGUUUCAAUAUUAGAUGAAAAUUUAGUUCAACUAAAUUCUUAAAGAUUAUUAUAAGAAAAUUAUUAAUCAUUAAAUGCUUAAAAUAAUUCUUAAAAUUAUUCAGAAAAUUACAACCAACAAAGAAGUGAUAGAACCAAUAAUACAAGACGAAAAAAUUAAGAAAAAUAUUUAGUUUAAGAUACAAUAUAAUAAACCUCUCCUUUAUAAUCAUAAUAUCCUUAUUAUUAAGUAGAAUAAUCGGUUACAUCAGAAUAUUAAUUAUAGUAAUAAUGUUAAAAUGAAGAUUCUAUGUAGAAGUCUAGAAAUUCAGAAAGAAUGAGCAGAAAAAGUGAAUUCUUAUAAAAAGCAAGAUAUUCAACUAAUGUUAAUGAUGAAAAUAAAGAUAGAUUUUCUGUAAAUAUUGAAGAAAUCAAGAAAGAAAGAUUAUCCGAAAAUGAAAGAUUUUCAGUGACAUCAAAUGAAAUAGAGGGUAAAGAUGGAAUCUUGGCUAAUUUAGAUUUUAAUAAAGAAAGGUAUUCAAAUAAAUCAAAUGAAUAAUAUAACUAAAAUAAAGAUAGGAAUUCAAUUAAAUCUAAUUUUGAGGAUGAUCAUAAAGAUAAAUUAAUAUUGAAAUUGAAUAAGCCUGAUGCAAUACCUUCAAUUUAUCUUAAAUGUACAACUAAUAAUAAGGAAAAUGUAGGAGAACCUUUUACUUACAUAACAAAAACAAAUAGAUAAGAAUAAGAAAUUAAAUUUGGAGAACGUUGUGAAAAUAAAUAAAGCACUAUUGAAAUUCCAAAAAUAAUUUAAGCUUUAAAUUUUGAAAAUAUUGAUUUAAGUAAGCCUUGUUCUGGUACUCAAAUUUCUGUAGACACAAAUAGAUUCUAGCUUGAAAUUUAAUAAAUUAUAGAAAAAUAAAAUGAAACAUAAGAUGUCUAAUUGAAAUAAAAUGAACCAAUAUAUGCCCAAUAAGAAUUUGCUUUGACGAGCAAUAGAUCUUAAUUAUCUGUUCCAAUUACAGAACCAACUUAGAUUUAAUAAAAUUAUUAGACAAACACAAAUUUUAUAAGAGUUGAAGAAGAAAUUGAAGCAGGAUAACCUGAUAUUAGAAUAAUUGAAAAUGCUACAGGUAUUACUGAAUGCAAUUUAUAAUAUUCAGAAGAUACAGCAAAUUUAAGAAUUCCUACUUAGAUUAGUAAUAAUGAAGAAGCCAAAUUUAAACCAGAUUCAUAUGUAACAUGUGAAAUUUAAUUCCAAUAAAUCAAAUAAGAUUAUCAAUAGUUAAAUUAAUUAUAAUCAACUCAAUCAAACUAGAUGAAUUAAUCUUCUUUUGAAUAAUGGUUAUCAUAAACUGAUUAAAACAAGAAGAUUUUUAAUUUUAAUUGUUAAUCCUAAUAUUUUUAAAAAGAAAAAUGUGAUCAUAGUACUUAAAUAAAUAAAAGUGAUUCAGAUUCAGAUGAAGAAAUUUAAUUUAUAAAGAAAAAAUAAUAGAAAUGUCUAUUUAAUUAAGGAGUAACAUUAUUAGUUAGAAAAAUUACUUCAAUUUUAAAAAUAAGACAAAUCAAAUCAUUUUAUGAAAUUAAAGAAUAUUCUCUCCAUUAAUCUCAAUAAUAAUAAUAACAAUAAUCAUAAUAAUUUAAAUCUUCUUUACAUACUUAUCAUUCUCCAAUAGAGUCAUAAUAUUCAUCAUAGUUUUGUUCAUAAUAAUAAUCAUUAACAUCUCUUCCUAUUCCUUCAACUUAAACAAAAUAAUCUUAAAUUGAUUAAAUUCCUUAAGCAGUAAAAGAAUAAGCAGCAUAAGAAAAAAUAUCAAAUCUAUUAAAAACAAUAAUGGAAGAAACUGGAUCGGAUACUUUAAGAAUGUUGAAGAAUAAAUCAAAUAUAUCACCGGUUGCUAAAAAUUAAGAAAAAAACAGAUUAAAUAGUAGCCAUAAUUCUAAAUUAAAAAUUUCAAAGAAAUGUUCGGCAGCUUCUAUUUUAACAUCAAUUUAAUCUCCAGUAUAAGAAAUAAAUGAUAGAAUAAAAGUAAAUUUUAUCUAAGAGAUGGGAUUAGAAUCACCAACUUAAAAACAUACUGAACAUGCAGAAUUACAUGAUUGCAGUAAAUAUAGAUGAUUUUAUUUUAGGUCCAAUUGCUGAGCCAAUGGAAUUUUAAGAUGUAUCAGUAUUGAUGAAAUAAAAGAGAGAAAUGAAAUAAAUUGUAGAUUCUAAUAAUGGAAGCAAUAUAAUAAAUAAUAGUUACAAUGAUUAAAGACAUUGCUAGAUUUUGUCUCAUCAUAUUGCAAUUUAGAAAGCAAAGAUUGCAAAAAGAUUUUAGUAAAUUCAUUAUAAAACAGCUGGAUAAUAAUAAUCUAGGAAAGAAAAUUAUUAAAUUUGA